CAUGGCGACCAUGUUUAAAGUUUUCUUCUUAUGGAAAAUUGAUUAUUUUCCAUCCAUUAUUUCUCCCUGACAUCCUAACAAAUUGGCUGAGAUUUCUGUUCGAUACAACUAAAAGAUGAGUUGGUUUGACGCUUCAAGCUUUACUAGUUACGCCAAGACUGCCCUGGCCAGUGCUCAGAAGUCCAUCGAUAAAGUGUUAGAUAUCGACGAGACAACAGCAGCCUCAUCGAAGAACAAGAAUGCCGAUGUUAAAGAUAAAGAAAGCACAGAGUCUGCAUCAGUCAACACACAGAAAGAGUCUGGUGUGAAACUUCAGUCAUCGAAGCCUCAGUCAAAUUCUAACACCUCAACACAAAAAGAUUCAAGUAAGGAUAAUUCAUCAGUAGAUGGAGGUGGGGAUUUUUGGUCAUCAUUCCUUGGAACCUCAUCAGCAUCUUCAGCAUCAACUUUAUCAUCAUCUUCUUCUUCAUCAUCUGCAGACAAGAAGACAAAGACUUUACCAUCUUCAAAACAAAAUGAUUCAAAAGUACAAAAUAAGAGAACUAGUAAUCAUGGAGAGACAUUAGAAAAAAGGAGACAAAAGAAAAGAGAAAAUAGGAUAAAUGAUUCUAAUGGAGUAACUAAAAAUCAAAAUCAAAAGGAGAGAUCAAACAAUGAGGAUCUUAAGGCAAUGUGUGAUAAAGAAGCUUCACAUGAUAUGAAAGAUGGCAAUGGAAAAAUUCAUAUUGGAAAUGAAAUGAGAGUGUCUUCCACAGAUUCAUCAGGACAGCAAACACCGCAUAAAAGCUAUAUUUCUAAGGAUAGUAAGGAGUUGAGUCCUUUAAAUGAUGAAAAACUCAAUGAAGCAAAAACAGAAAACAUAUUUCCUAUUAAAGAUGAACAAAAAUUACAAUUGGUAAAAGAGAAUAACUUGGGAAAUAAAAGGGAAAUUUUAAGACAAGUUGAUGGUAUUAAAAAAGAAAAUGAUCAAACUGGCAGUACUUUUAAAUCUGAGAAAAUGGGGAAAGAACUAAAAGAUAAUGAUACUGAAAACACUGGUGAAGUAAAAUAUUAUGAAGGUAAAGAGACUUCCAACUUAUCACCAGAAACUUUAGAAAGUCAGUCAGUCACUGAAGACAGUGAAAAUUUAGAUGUUGUUAGUAAGAAUAUUGAAUCACUUCUUCAUACAGCACCCAGAGCAACAUCAACUCCUUACACUGAAAAAUUGAAAGUUUUAACAGGUGAUGAACAUGUUUGUGAAGAUGAUGUUGGUCUCAGUAGAAAAACAAAAAAGAGUUUGUUAACAGAAGGUGGAAAGAGUAGACCUCAAGAGCAAGAAGAAACAGGGGGGAGAAAAGAACCAGUUGAGGAUGAAUGUGAUGGUGAGGAUGUUAUUACUGGGUCUGUGUACACAGUUGAAGAAAACAUGCAAGACGAAGAAGACAAUCUGGAGAAAAGUAGCAGUAAUGAUGUGAUUGAAAUUGCGGAGAGUAUCAUCAAACUCUCAAAACAGGGAGAGUCAACCAAGACUUCUCCAACACUAGAAAAACAAGAUUCUGAAGACAUCAACUUGGAAGUGACAGGGGAAUUGACAAAAGAUGAGACUUCUCCAGCAAUAGAAAAGCAAGAGUCUCAAGAAGAUAACUUGGAAGUGACAGGGGAAUUGACAAAAGAUUAUCAGAAUCUUGUGAAAGAAAAAGAGCAUGAAUCUGCUUUAUCUGAGGAGUCUUUAGAAGAAAAAACUGUGGCAGCUCAAGAAAACAGGAAUGAAGAGCCCAAUAGUAUUCAAGUGCAAACUCUUUUGAAGGAAGUGUCAGGUCUAAAAGAACUGGUUGAUGCUAGAGAGAGUAAGAUGGUUGCUUUGAGUAAGGAAAAUAUUGAUCUACAAGAAACAAAUGCCAUACUGAGAAGUCAAUUGGAGCAACUUGAAAAGGUGCACAACUCAGAAGAUGAAGAAUUUGAGGAAAUGAAAGAGGAGUUUACGACAAGAAUAGCAGCAACAGAAAACAAGUUUCAUGAGGUUGCCAAGGAGAGAGAUGACUUGAAAAUGGAACUGGAGGAAACGAGAAAUAAUUUGACAGCCAUUUAUGAAAGACAAAAAGAAGAACUGACAACAAUCAUCUCUGAGAAAGAUGAACAAAUAGUUCAGCUGCUUGCAGAAGGAGAGAAACUUUCCAAGCAGGAACUCCAAAGCAACAUGACCAUUAGAAAACUCAGAGCAAAAGAGAAAGAAAAUGAUACUCUAAUCAAAAAACAAACGAAAAAACUUGAAGAGUACGAAAAUGAGGUAAAACGACUGACUGACAUUCUAACAUCACGUGAUGAUAGCCAUUCAAAGCAAGAAGAUGCAAUCAUUAAACUAAAUGCAUAUGUGAAGAAACAAGAAGAACAAUUAAGCAAACAAACGUCUGAACUAGAAGAUGCCAAUGAGAAAGUUCGAAGUAUGCAAGUUGCCCUAGACAAUGCUUACAAAGAGAUGACUUCACUACAGAAGCAGGCAGCAUCUUCAGACAGUUCAAUUCAGGAGGCAGUGCUUAGUGCUGAAAUGAAAGCCAAAGAAGAAUUACGGAUAGCAUUAGAGAAAGCUCGCCGUGAAUAUGGGCAGGACAGUGAAUUGAUGGCACUUCAGAUAUCUGACCUACAGACCAAUUUAAGCCGUGCUGAGAAACAAGCUAUCCGGCGAGAAGAAAGUCUACGAGAGGAAAUUAAAGACUUACAACAGAGAAUUCAAGAAGCUGAGGAUCGUAACCAAGAUCUUGCUGCUAGCGUCUCGCAUGCCACACGUCCUUUAUUACGACAAAUAGAAAAUUUACAAGCCACUCACAGUGGACAAGCAUCAACUUGGGAGAUGGUGGAGAAAAACCUAACUGAACGAUUAAAUGAGGCUCAGAGUCAGCUCCUCGCUGCACAGGAAAAAGAGCGUGUGGCUUCACGAAACGUGUCCGAACUGAACAGUCGAAUAACAAGACUUGAAUCACAGGUCAACUCAUAUCGCACGGAAAGGGCGCGAUUAGAAGCCGAAUUAGAGCUUGAGAGGACCAAGGUUGGAUCUCUAGAGGACAUCCAUAGCAGAGAGGUGGCCAAAUCAGAUGCUGUCGUCAAGAAGUACAAGAAACUGAUUGAAGAAGCAAAUAUGGACAAGGCGCAUUUAGAGCAACAGUUAGCGGUUGAGAAAAGUCGAUUGGAAACCGAAUUAAAGAAAGUGAAAGCUGCUCUGGAAAACAAGGAGAAAUUAUUGUCUCGCCAAUCAAGUUUAAGCAAUGCACCUCCACCAUCGCCCUCAGAUAACGGCGAACCGAACCAGGAUGAUGAGGCUAUUGAGCUGAAGACCCACAUUCGAAAAACUAGUUCUAGCAGCAGCGUCGUGGACGGUCUUGCGCGUGGUUUUCUUGGAGGUACGACUGAGUUGGUUGAAAGAUUGCAGGCUCAAAUAAGACAAAAAGAUGGAGAGAUUAAAGUGUUACAGGACGAAGUGACGUCACUGCGCCAGUCACGUGAUUCGGUCAUGGAGGAGCUGACAAAGAUGAUUAGUGAGUUGCAUGACUUGGAAACGAGUCACGAACAGCUUAUACUUCUCAAGGCCAAAUACGAUGAUUUAGAGCAGCGCUACAAUGCGGUGCUACAAAUGUAUGGAGAAAAAGAAGAAGAAGCAGAAGAACUAAGAAUGGAUUUACACGACGUGAAAUCCAUGUACAAGCAACAGCUUGAGCAGCUCUUUGGUUCGACCAGAUAACGUCUAGUCAACACUAGGGUCUAUAAACACUGGUAUUACAUACUUAAGUAAACAGUCGAAGGUCAUAGGUCACGUGUCAUACCAGGACCCAAGGGGUAAACACGAGGGUCUAUAAACACUGGUAUUACUUAAGUAAACAGUCGAAGGUCGUAGGUCACGUGUCAUACCAGGACCCAAGGGGUCAACACGAGGGUCUGUUAACACUGGUAUUAUAUACUUAAGUAAACAGUCGAAGGUCAUAGGUCACGUGUCAUACCAUGACCCAAGGGGUAAACACGAGGGUCUAUAAACACUGGUAUUACAUACUUAAGUAAACAGUCGAAGGUUAUAGGGCACGUGUCAUACCAUGACCCAAGGGGUCAACAAGUGGGUCUGUAAAUACUGGUAUUACAUACUUAAGUAAACAGUCGAAGGUCAUAGGUCACGUGUCAUACCAGGCCCAAGGUCCGUAUCUACCUGGUGUUUGCUAUCACCUUUAAAAAAGGCCUUUCUACAUUUUACAUUUUAAUUUUAGCGUAACUUUGGAAUUCAACUAAAACGAAAUCAGUCAUGGUUUAUAAAAUUGGUUCAGGGAAUUUAAAAUUUGCUGUUGAAUGAAAGUUAUUAGAAUUUACAUUGGUGAGAUAAAUAGUUUUGUUUUUGAUUAUUUUUUUCGCUCAGUCGAGGUUUGGCAAAAUUGGUUCAGGGAAUUAAUACAUUAAUACUAUGUGCUGUUGAAUGAAAGUUAUUUGGGUAUCAAUCAGAAUUUGCGUUGAUGGGAUAAAUAGCUUUGUUUCUGAUCAUUCUUUUUACGCUCAUUCUUACAUUCAUUCACUUUUCGUUUGAAUUCAAGCCAAAUAUUUUCCUUCAAA